GAUUCCCCCAAUUGACAAACCCUAGACUGGGCGACUCACUCUCCCUCGAUUGUCUCCUUCAUCGUCACCUUCUUCACCUUCUCCACCAAAUCAAACCCAGAAAUCUCCAAUCCUCGAUUGUCUUCUUCAUCUCCACCUUUUCUUCAUUCUCCUCCCGCGAAUCAUGACGAAACCGCAGUGUAAGAAGAAGAAAGGAAAGACGACGCAGCAGACGCCACCAACGCAAAUCGACGGAACAGUCGGAGAAGACCUCCGUCUCCCACCCAGAUUAUUCGCAACUGAUAGGUUCCCCGUCAGGCGACUCAAUAUCUACUCCUCGCCGGAGAUUCUGCCGUUCAUUCGCCAUGUUCUCCGAGGUACUCCGGAGUUCGAUACUAUUCGCCAGUCACCUUUUGGGAAGCUUUUCGACAUCCCUGCCCGCCAAGCUCCAGUUUCCUGUAAGACGAUUCAUUCCUUCCUCUCGCGUCAACUUCUAUGUCUUCCAGAACACACGCUCUGGACGGCUUUUGGUGGGAAGCCUCUCCGUUACGGUCUCCAAGAGUUUGGUACCGUCACCGGCUUAGACUGUCGGCCCUUCCCGGAAGGGUAUCACCCAGACAUUGCUAAAUCUGUUGUUCCUGGCAAAGACAACGUAUGGAAAAGAGUUAUUGGCAAGAAGAAGACCAUAACGAUUGCGGAACUAUGUCGUAUGCUCGAAACAGGUCACAAGAUGUCUCAAUGGAGGAAGAUACGACUUGCGUUGGUUAUCAUCGUCGACGGCGUCCUCAUUGCUCACCAGCAAGAAGCACGCCCUACUCCUCGAUAUGUCAGUAUGCUUGAAAACCUGGAAACCUUCUUUGCUUUUCCUUGGGGUAGAGAGUCAUUCCUAAAAACCAUCUCUUGCAUGAAACCACCAAAGUUUCUGAAGAAGAAGAAAUGUCUCGAUCCUGUUGGUACAUUAGUCCUUAAGCUCAAGCAGGACGGUUUUAGACUUCAAGGAUUCCCACUCUCAUUACAAUUGGUGGCAUUCCGCGCCAUACCACAGCUGCUCUCUUAUAUCCCGGCUCCAACUGACCAAAAGACACUAAUGGACAUGGAGGGUCCUCAUCUACCACAACAUCCAUCCAUCAAUUCAAACGACAUGUUCCGAGUGGAAUUCGCCACCGAUGUAAGUCAAUUGUUCCUCUUGAAUCUUUACAUUUUCCUCUACAAAGCAGUUCUUUAUUUUGUUGUGUUUUGUUGUGUUCCGCUUGCAGCUUCAAGUUACACCGAUUAUCCCCAUCCAGAGCCAACCACAGCCAGGCUGGGGAGUGUGGCCAAACGACCCUAACGAUGAUCGUGUCAGAUAUUUGGAACAGUUGAUAGAUGACCACCACUCUUUCAACAAAGCAAUGUGGCCAGGUGGAGUUACAUCGUUGCCCCUCAAUGUGGCGCCCAAGCCUCGGUGUAAACGUCCUGGGAACAAGGAGUCUGUUAGACUAAAACAAUCUCUCAAGCCAAAACCGGUCAUCAACAAACACACCUCUGACAAGAAGCAAAGGCGUAUAAGUUCCUAUUUCACACGUUCCAGUACAACUAGCCUCAGCAAUGAACAGCUCACGAAGAUGGUCAUUGAACUACAAAGGGGGAUGAAGCAGCUGCACCAACUAAUAAAAAGGAAGAAGAAACGUUCUCAUGGUAGACAAUCAUCGUUUCACACACUACUUAACCGUGGCAAGAAGCCAGACACACCUCAAAACACUGAUAAUCCUGAACCCUCGUCUCGCAACGACAGACCCAAUGAUCAGGUUCUCUUAAUUUGAUCUCUCUCACUCAUCCAAUGAACUAUUAUUAGAUUCAACCAAAGGCUACCAAAAUCUUUGUUUGAUCAAAACUUUUUUUUCUGAACUCUAGGACGUUCUUGCAAGGGAUACAGAUGAGUUUCCUCAAAGGCAGUCCCCUAUCAGUCAAUAUGAAGCUCAGCCUGAAGCCUUUCCUCUCCAUGAUGCAGCUCCAAAGGAUCAGGUACAAUUUGGUUAUAUUAACUCCUACUAUUACGUUACAAACGAGAUGUAUGAAUGUUAAUGCUUCUAUCCAUUGUCUAUUUAAGGAUGUUGGCGCCAUGGAGACAGAUGAGUUACCACUAAGCCAGUCUCCCAUCAUCAGUCAAUAUGGAGCUCAGCUACACCGCUAUUCCACCCAAACCCUCAACGACCACACUCCUGUCCACACACCAGCUGUCCACACACAAGAUGUCCACACAUCUCCUGUACACAACCAAGAAACUGAUCAGGUUGGCUCCAUGGAGACAGAUGACACUGAGAUGAACACUACUAACCCAAAUUCCCCAGCCUGGCUAGAGGUAACUCCAAAACGCUACAACUUCUCCAAUCCAAACACAAACUCUGCUAUCUACGACAAAAGUGAACACCCCAACAGCCCACCCUUUAAUCACGUCCUCCUUCAUGGUGUCAGGAUCUACGACCCUCUCAGCCCAGACCCACCCUCCCCAGGACCUAAAUAUGAUUCCUCUUUACCUCCAUCUUCUCCUUUACGCAAUACUCUCCUACUCUCUCCAGAGCCUGUAACACCGCUAACUUCCCCCAAUAAGAGUAAUGAUUCAUUGUCAGGUUUUGCCGUUCAUGCCUCCACAGUCAAUGCUUUCCAAGCAACAGCUUCCUCCCACUCUCCACCUUGCAUAGGCACUCAGUUAGCUGUAUACAAGGUAUUGUCCACACCUCACUUAACAAACAUUUACUCGUUUCCAAAACAUUUAUCUUUUGUUUUUCUGAUUUCAGGGACAAGAAUCUCCAUCUUCUCCUAAGCUUAUGGUUAACGAGGUAACAUCUCACCUACCUUUAUAACAUCUCAAGUACCUUCACGUUUCAAACCCCUUACUUAUGUGCAAGCUAUUUAUUGUCGGGGUGCAAUUUGUUUUACAGGAACACCUCCGACAAGACGGUUUUGUCGACCUAACCCACACCAAGGACACCCCGAGGCACGUUCCAUCUAUGGAGGAGAACCAUCUAGCGAAGGAAUUAUUCAACUGUCCAGAUAUUCCGGCACGUACCCUCAUCACACCACUUCCACAGAUACAAUGGGAUCUCUUCUUCAAAACACUUUCCGCCAACCAAAACGUGUAAGUUAUGCGUAAAAACUCACUAGACUGAUAUUGAUAAGUAUGCGUUACACACGCCCAUUGCCUGAUUGCUACUUAUUCCUCAAACCUUUGUCUCAUGUAGGUUCCACGUUACCCCGUCCACAUUCGACUUUUCUAACAAAUUCCUGCUCGACCUGGCGCAACCACAGAAAUGGACAACAACCUACGUAAGAGCUUCUCACUUUUGAUAUUGUCAAGAAUUAUAUCCGCAUUAUUCCCAACUAACCAUCACUCUUAUAUCAGCAUUUGGAAAUCCUUACCCACAUGCUCGCUGCUAGACACUCCAACCAUCUAGCUAUUGAAAAAGCAGCUUUCAACUCACCCUUCCUAGCGGCAUGCAUCCAGGAGAAUUGGAAUACAUUCAAGGGAUCCAGAAAGAAAGCGACCUUUGUCUGGGACGAGCGCCUUGUGGACAUUGUCAUGCACCCUGGUCAGAAAUGGAUGGAAGAUAUCCACACCAUCUACACUCCUAUGAUUUGGAACGACUCUCACUGGGUGGGUCUGGCUAUCAACCUCGACAUGGGGUAUGUCGAAAUCCUUGAUCCUAUGCCAGCUUUGUAUGCAGAUAAGCGCGUCGAGCGCUUCAUGCUAGGUUUGGUUACUACACUUCCUUACCUUGUCAAGAAAGUUGCAAUGUGUGAGCUCACUCAAUUCAGCGGACUCAAGAAGUUUGUUUGGAAGCGGGUUCCAGGUCUUUACCAGAAUACGCGCUCAGGUGAUUGCGGCCCCGUCAGCAUGAAGUUUCUUGAGAUGCAUGCCCAUGGUGACCCAAUCCAUCACAUGGAGAGCCUAACAGACAAAGCAGUUGACGACAUAAGGAAGCAGUACGCUCUGGACAUCUACAAGACUAUUGUCAUGCCAUCUUACUAUGCUCUCCGCUUGCCUUUAGCCUAAGUAUCUCUUCUUAUAAAACGUUGUUCGACUUACUCCUACCUUUUGUGUAACAUAUGGGAGUUUAGGACCUGUUGUUUUAUGUUUUGGGUGCGAUGCUUGCCACUUUCGGGCAAGAAACUACAUACGCUGUGCUUACUUAAUGUUUAAACUUUAAGUUACGGAUAA